GGAUGUCAGGCACAAGUUCAAAACGCCCAUCAAACGUACUCUCCCUCAGGGAGGACGGCCACGUUCAGGACAGCUUUAUAAACAGACGCCCCUCCGGCCCUUUUGAAUCAUAACAGUUGCAGGUUAAGGUAAGUUACAUUCGAAGACUGCGAGGGCACGACUGCACAGAAGAUUAGGUUUAAAUCAUCUUUGACGAAAUCUCCCACUGAUCACAAUGGACGUUGCUGACAUCCCAAAUGAACCUUCCGAGGGGACGAGGCAACAUUCAGCCAGGAAUGAGGCAUCUUCUUGGGCGCUUUGGCUGGGGCGCGUCCAAGGUUUUAUCACAGCCAUCAGCCACACUGAACUGAUUGUUGAACUAUUUCAACAUUUAAAGCUUGCAGCACCUCUGGAAACCGGAGUGCCCAGAGAAAACCCACGCAGGCACGGAGAGAACAUGCAAACUCCACACAGGCAGGGGCGGGAUCGAACCCGGGUCCUCAGAACUGUCCUUUUUCAGUUGAUGAGCUUCUUUAUCGGCACUUUCAGCAAGGUGUUCUGUGGCCAUCUGGGGAAAACGGAAUUCGCAGCUGUAUCGUUGGCGACAACAAUGAUUGAUCUGACUGCUCUUUCCAUUGGGAUUGGAUUGUCAUUAACUUGCGAUACCCUCAUUUCUCAGACGUUUGGAAGCGGAAACCUGAAGCAAGUGGGGGUGAUCCUCCAGAGGGGGGUUCUGAUUCUACUGCUGGCAUGUUUCCCCUGUUGGGGUAUCCUCAUCAACACUGAACCACUUCUACUCAGUGCCAAACAGAGCCCAGAGGUUGCUAGAUUGGCUCAACUUUAUGUGAAGACCUUCAUGCCUGCUCUGCCGGCGGCAUUUAUCUACCAGCUGCUGGGCAAAUAUCUUCAAAACCAGGGAAUUAUUUGGCCACAAGUCAUAACUGGUGCAAUUGGAAACAUCUUGAAUGUAAUUAUCAAUUAUGUCUUCCUCCAUCUUCUGCAUUUGGGAGUUGUUGGGUCUGCUGUGGCAAAUCUCAUCUCCCAGUAUCUUUUGCCUGCGGUCUUACUGUCUUAUAUUUACUGGAGGGGUUUGCACAAAGCCACAUGGGAAGGCUGGUCACUGGAGUGUCUGCAUGAGUGGGGAACCUUUGCCAAGUUGGCCAUCCCGAGCAUGAUCAUGUUUUGGAUGGAGCAUGGAUCUAUGGAAGUGGGAGGAUUCCUCGCUGGCCAAAUCAGUGAAGUUGAGCUGGGAGCCCAGGCUGUGAUGUGUGAGCUGACAGUCAUAACUGGCCUGUUGUCACUUGGAAUUUCUGCCGCUGCGAGUGUCCAAGUUGGGAAUGCGCUUGGUGCAGGAAACAGUGAGCAAGCCAAGCUGUCUUGCAAAGUUUCCAUCAUCUUUUCAUCUGUAGUGGCUUGUUGUGUUGGAAUUUGCAUCACUCUCUCCAGGGAUGUAAUUGGCAAAAUUUUCACCAAAGACUUGGACAUUUUGAAACGGACUUCUGAUGUCAUGGUCGUUUUUUUCGUCAUUCAUCUUGCCGAUACUAUUGGGAAUGUGGGUGGAGGUGUCAUUCGAGGAGUUGGGAAACUCAAGUUCGGUGCUGCGUUUAACUUAAUUGUGCACUAUUGCAUUGGCCUUCCCAUUGGUGUGUCCUUAAUGUUCGCGACAACAAUGGGCGUCGUAGGACUUUGGACCGGUCUUACCGUCUCUGUUGGACUACAGGGUAUUUUCUUCGGUGCAUUUGUGUACAAACUUGAUUGGAUAAAGGCUGUUGAAAAGGCUCAAACGAGAGCAGGGGUCCAGGUCACUUUUGAAAACAUGGUGGCAAUCCAACCGGGCGAGCCAGACUCAAACACCAACCAGGCUCCAGUUGGUGCCCCCGCACCAAGAUGUGAGGUCGCCGCAGAGGACCACACGCUCCCACAGAAUCCAGGUCAUGAAAACGCGAACAACAUGGCCAGAGAUGUUCCCAGAGUAAAAGAAUUGCUUUUACGUCGUGGCUUGGUGUUACUCGUCAUGGUUGUCAUCUUUGCGGCUGGGAUCGUCGCCAGUCACUUCUUUGUCAGACUGCCGAAUUGAGUCUUGGGUAAGUUUGUAACUGACAGUUACGUGUCAGGAGAAUACCAAUUGUAGCGAAAGAGCAAAGGUUCGAAUCAGGCACACUAGUUUCCUCUCAUGAUUAUGUGUGUGCAAUAAAUAUUUGUGAUCAGUUAACAUAUAUUCCUUUACCAAAAAGGUUAUAAUAGGGAUUAAUUACAUAGUGUUGUUUUAGUAAUGAUUUCAGAAUCUUGUACAUAUUUGUAGUUUUUUAAUGUAAAGUAUGUAAUUAGAUGUACCAUGUGUUUUGUUGCAGUUAUUUUUAAAUGCUCUCUAUGAAAUGACAUGAAUAACAUGCUUAGUUCCUGAAAAUAACAUAAAUAUCUAUUCUAUUCUAUUCUAUGAUGAUUUAAUUUUCAUGUGGAAAACUAUACUUUUCUGUUUAAAAGACUGUUGUCAUGGUCCUGCCGGUCUCAGCCAUGGCUCUGCAGGUCCCCUACACACCUGCGUUGAUUAGGAGGCGCACACCUCAUUGUUGAUAAUUAACCCCAGAAUAUAUAUAGGACCCAGCGGACGGUCCGGCUUUGCCAGAUCCUUGCCGUCCAUGCCUUGUUCCCAACCUCCUUGUUCCUGAUCCUGAACCCCUGUGUACUGACCUCCGCCUGUCCUCCGACCAACCCCGUAAGCUUGACGCCCUUGAGACUGCUGAUCUCCCUGACUGAUCUCCAGUGUACCGAUCCCUGCUUGCUCGCUGACCUGCCUUCUACGCCUGACAUCCUAGUUAACGCUGCUCCAGUUCACUGUCUGCCUGAUCCCCGACCUUGGAACAAAUAAACACUUUUCCCAAACUGCC